AUGGCGCAGCCAGUAGCAACAGAUGGGUGGCAGCUGGUGGCGGGCGACGACGACGUGCCGGAGCGCAACCGGCGGCUACGGGAGAGGCAUUUGGUCUGGCAGCAGAUGGUAGCCGCGAGAAGCACCCGCAGCUUUCAAGAUGCGGAGUUCCCUGCGGGCCCCCGGGCAGUCGAUGGCCGGCGCGAAGACCGCGUUGGCACCGACGUCUUCCGGGCGACGUUGUCGGAGGUGAGCCACAGGGCCGGGGUGCCAGAGGAGGGGGUGCUGUGCCGGUGCGGGCAGCCAGCGCAACUGCGCCGGGUGCAGCGGAAAGGUCCCACGUUCGGGAGGCCCUACUAUGCCUGCCCUCUCCGUUCCUGCCGCUUCUUUGAGUUUGCGGACCAGGCGUCGACUGUGGCCGCCUUGGAGUUGCAGUGGAAGCGUUUCCCUGCAGUUGGCGACUGGUGUGUGGUACAUGACGAGGGCUUCCGACCCGCUGAUGUCCAGCAAGGAGGCGUGGGCGACUGUUGGUUCAUGAGCGCGCUCGCAGUUGUGGCAGAGCGCCACGACUUGAUGAGCAAGCUGCUUCCGAACCUCAACAUUGGGGCGGAGAGCGGGUGCCACGAGGUUCGCCUCUUCCUGGAUGGCCGUUGGACCUCCUUGUUAGUGGACGACCACCUGCCCACCACCACCAAGCAGCGGCGCCCCACCGCAGACGGCAGCGGCCUCGCCUUCGGUCGCUGCGCGCGGCGCCAGCUUUGGGUGUCCCUGAUCGAAGCUUCGGCCGUUUUGAGGAGUCCUCCCUGGCACCGCCAUAUCCGACGGCGGCGCAGCCUUGCUCGGCAGCGGGUGCGUGCUGCCCUUUCUCGGGGAACGGUUCCUCGUUCACGGGACGUCCUCUUGCUGAACCUGCAUCACAGCCGACCGGCGUAUCCUAUGGGUGGCGGCCGUAAGAAGCAAUGGUCGCAAGCGGAAUGGCAGGAGUGGCAGCAAGGCGGACGGCAAGGAGGACAAUCCGGUGGGAGGUCCUCGCGCUUGUGGUCUGGAGCUUGGGCUUCGGCAUCUCCCCUUGCUCGGGGAGCAGAGCGGGGAGCCGAGAGGUACGAUCGUAUGCCGGUGCGUCCGGCACAGAGCAGUACGGCGGCCCCGAAGACCGAGAAUGCUGUGACCGGCGCGGACAGCGAACUCAACAGAGAGCUGCAGCGCUCCCUCACGGUCGCAAAGAAGGCGGACAUCAAGAUACGCAAGCUGCAGGAGGAGAAGGAGCGCCGGGCUGCGCAGUGGGACGCGUUUGUUCUGGAGUCUCGCAAGAAGUUCCUGCAGCAGCGCAAGCAAUAUGCCCAGGAUAUCGAACGCAUCAAUGCGGACAUGCUCGCGCCCACGGAGACCGGACAGGAUGCCUGCUUUGCGUCGUACUUUAUCGAUCUCUUGUGCGAUGACGUUUUGCCGCGUAAUGAUGGUCCCCGUCAUGCGCUGGUUGAUCCGCUGGUUUUGCCCCUUGUGUGGUGUCCGCGCCCUGCUGGACUUCCCGGGCUCCUUAGCGGCGCGUCUUUGGACUUGGGAUCGCGGAUUCUCGGCAUCGCGCCAGGAGGCGGCUGGCGUACCUACCCUUUUGCCUUCUUCCUCCCUCCGGCUUGGAUUUUGAAGGGGCUUACGUCUUCCUCCCGCCGCCUCCUACUGAGAGCUCCCCCUUUUGGGCCCUCCCCUCUUGUCCCUUGCGCACCGCUCGCCGCCACCUGCGCUGGCUUGAGACUUGCUUGGGAUGGAUUGCUGCCGUGCUCUCGCUGGCCGCCUGUGGCCGGCGCUGUCACCUUGCCUUUGGUUUUCCGAGAAGUUCUCUUGCUGUGCUUGGGGACUGGCUCGUUACGCCAGCACGCCUACUCCGUCCUGGAGACGGAUGAGUCCGCCUUCCAAACCGCUUCUCAGGCCGGCUACGGAUUCGCCCUCCUCGAGCGUCGGGUGAAGGUGCGUAACCCUUGGGGCGAGUGGACACGCCGCGAGCAGGAUGAGCUGCUGGCGCAGCUGGGCGCUGCGGUCGUGCCAGAUGAGGGCAGCUUUUGGAUGAGCCUUGGGUUUAAGCUUCUUUGA